GCGCGGAGCCUUCCCCUCAGAGGCGACGAGGACGCGGCCGAGGAUGAUGCGGCUGCGGGGCGCGGCGCUGCUGCGGGACCUGCUGCGCUUCAGCCGGAGCGGCGCGGCGGCGGCGGCGGCGGCGGCGGCGCUGACGGUGGGCGGCGGGCUGGGCUGCUGCCGCCGCCUGGCCCUGAGGCGCCUCCACGCCGCCCGGCCCGGCGCCCGCGCCUUCUGCACCCGCUCCGAGGGCAUUCUGGAGGAGCCCGGCAAGGGACCCCCGGCCGCCGCCCAGCCGCCCGCCCCGGCCGCCGCCCACAACAGCCACGGCGCCGAGCCCGGCAAGGACGCCGCCGCGGGGGCCGAGAAUAAGAUAAAGCAAGGCCUUCUCCCCAGCUUGGAGGACUUGCUGUUCUAUACCAUUGCAGAAGGGCAAGAGAAAAUACCAGUGCACAAGUUCAUUACGGCUCUCAAAUCUACGGGUUUACGUACAUCUGAUCCAAGGCUGAAAGAAUGUAUGGAUAUGCUAAGAUUGACUCUACAGACAACCUCCGAUGGUGUCAUGCUAGAUAAAGAUCUCUUCAAAAAGUGCGUUCAAAGCAAUAUUGUCUUGCUUACUCAGGCUUUCCGGCGAAAGUUUGUGAUUCCAGAUUUCAUGUCCUUUACCUCUCACAUUGAUGAGCUGUAUGAAAGUGCUAAAAAGCAGUCUGGAGGAAAGGUUGCUGACUAUAUUCCCCAACUGGCUAAGUUCAGUCCCGAUUUGUGGGGAGUGUCUGUUUGCACAGUGGAUGGACAAAGACAUUCCAUUGGAGAUACCAAAGUCCCAUUUUGUCUUCAGUCCUGUGUAAAGCCUCUGAAGUAUGCUGUUGCUGUUAAUGACCUUGGCACGGAAUAUGUACACAGAUACGUCGGUAAAGAACCGAGUGGUCUGAGAUUCAACAAACUGUUCCUCAAUGAAGACGACAAACCCCACAAUCCUAUGGUGAACGCUGGAGCGAUUGUGAUUACGUCCUUGAUCAAGCAAGGAGCAAAUAAUGCAGAGAAAUUUGACUAUGUGAUGCAGUUCAUGAAUAAGAUGGCUGGAAAUGAAUAUGUUGGGUUCAGUAAUGCCACGUUCCAGUCUGAAAGGGAGAGUGGAGAUCGAAAUUUUGCUAUAGGCUAUUAUCUAAAAGAGAAAAAGUGUUUCCCAGAAGGUACAGAUAUGGUUGGCAUCCUGGACUUCUACUUCCAGCUGUGCUCCAUUGAAGUGACCUGUGAGUCGGCUAGCGUGAUGGCGGCGACACUGGCGAACGGAGGGUUUUGCCCAAUCACCGGCGAGAGGGUCCUGAGUCCUGAAGCCGUUCGAAACACUCUCAGUUUAAUGCAUUCCUGUGGCAUGUAUGAUUUCUCUGGACAAUUCGCCUUCCACGUUGGUCUUCCUGCAAAAUCAGGGGUUGCCGGUGGCAUUAUCUUGGUGGUUCCGAACGUGAUGGGGAUGAUGUGCUGGUCACCUCCUCUGGACAAGAUGGGCAACAGUGUUAAAGGGAUACAUUUCUGUCAUGAACUCGUUUCUCUGUGCAAUUUCCAUAAUUAUGACAACUUGCGGCAUUUUGCAAAGAAGCUUGAUCCUCGUAGAGAAGGUGGCGAUCAACGGGUAAGUCCCAGGCCUUGGGAUGGAUUCCUACUACCAUGAGUAGGAGGGAGCCGGCUGCUAGUGCUCUUCUUCAGAUGCUUGCACAAGGGUGCAGACAAUAGGUAGGUUGUGUAGUUGUUCUCCAUUCCUCUUGCUUUUAUGAGGUCUUGUGCCUGAGAGACAGUAUGUUUCUUGCACUGCACUCCAUUGCAAGGUUUGAAAGUCUUUCUUACAAAAGACUUCCAUGCAUGGAAUGGCAUCUUUUGCAUCUGCCCCAUUUACUCAAAAGCAAGUUGUUGCCCUCUGCUACUCAAUUUCAGUAAAGCCCAUUAUUUAACUUGUGCAAUGUGGGCGAGGCUGAAAACAGGUCAAGAUAGCAAGGUUUUCUUUUUCCAAACGUUAUAUAGCAGUAUGUAAAAAAGCUACUUAAAUAUAUGACAUAUGAAUAUUAAAAUGUACCACAAUAUAAAAAAUAGCAUUCCCAAAUUAAUAGUAGCAUAUUGGAACAGUGUCUUUUAGAGGUGGGCACGAUCCGGGAAAAACCUGAACCGUGUGGUUUGUGGUUCGCCAUGUUUCACGAACCACGAACUUUCACGAACUUGCCCAGUUCGCAAACCGGUUCAUUUGGUUCGUGAAAACGUCACUUCUGGGGCUGCAGAAAGCCCAUCCCCUCCGUUGCCCAGGGAACUGAUCGCUUGGCACCAGGCUGUCUGUAGUGAUGAACCAAAAAACGAACCAAAUGACCCGGCCUAAAGUUUGUGGUGGUUUGUCAGAAAUGGGCUCUGACAAACCGCCUGCUCGCAAACCACGAACCAGCCUGGUUCUGAUGAAUUUUGGUUCAUAUUUCGGUUUGUGCCCACCUCUAGUGUCUUUUAUAUUGAGUCAUUUACUCAUGAAGCCUAUGAAGUUGACUGUAGCUUAGGCAGAAAAGCUCAAGUUACCUGAGAAUUAUGUCAGAAACUUGUGUCAUGUGUUAUGCCAGAAACUUAUAUCAUGUGUGUUAAGAGAGUAUUUGGGUUGCAUAAAAUUUCAGGAGCGGUAAAGGUGUAACUUCACCCAUGAUUGUCUGAGAUCAGGGUGAGCAGAGAAACAGCUGAUCACUAAUGCACACCACUGUCCAAUUUCAGGUAGACCCCUUGGCCCUUUUGGGUCAUUCUGGGAUUCUGAUGAAGAAGUAGACUAACGCUAUCUGCAAAGGCACUUCUUACGUUCUUAAGCAAGAAGGAAACUCGGGAUCACUUAAAACAAAUUAGCUCUGGGAUCCAGUUUGCUAGUUGGAGUCUGGUGCGUUGGGAGAUCCCAACUAUGCAAAUUUGCCUUGUUUUAAUUUUAAAGCACGCUCAGAAAUUGUGAGGGUUAAGUUGAUCAUGCAGAAUUGAUGCAAGCCUAGAUUGGGGUCACUCACACUCUCACAUUGUCAUGAGGCAGUGAGAGAGAGAGGAUUUAAGUUGCUACAUUGCAGUCCUGUGCAGAGGAACUGCAGUCUAAGUGCACUGUUCAGAAGUCAUUUUCUCCCCUCCCCUUGCUUUAGUGGAGGUGGAUUCUCCCCCGGCGUUUUUCCCUACACCUCUCCUUAAGGCAGAGAUUCUCUUACUGUAGCUUGAGACCCGGAAGUGUGUUGUGGCUCUCACAAGUGGGUCCCAGAGGCGAGUAGGAGGCUCAGUGGUCAAUCUGGGUUCGCCUCUGCAGAAUGUACAAGAAAUAUAGCAGAAGGCAUGAAAAAUAAACUAUAAACCUGUUCACCAUUAUUUGAUGCGAGAUUCCUGUGUUGUAUGUCAGGGAGGGAGAAAACCGUGUGGAAUUCCUGCUGGGUUUUUUGGCACCCACUGGCAAAGUACAUUUAGAAGGGGUUUACACUUCAAGAUGUUUGAAAUGUACUGCCCUACAGAUACCUGCCCCACUCUUUGAAUAGGAUAUGCCUGCUUGAUAGUGACCCCCAGAAGUCUAGGACGUCCUUACUCUGGCAUUGAAAGUUUCAGGUGGGUCUAAAGUAGAAGAGUAAGAUUUGGGAUUUGGGUUAAGCAGCACCUUAGAGACCAACUAGAUUUCCAGGGUAGGAGCUUUCGAGAGGGAGCUUUGCUCAUGCCUAAGAAAGAAAAUGGUUCCGACCACAUCAAAAUGAAGGUUGGACCGGAGUGGAUGGGCUCCUCUAACUUGUGUCAGUUGUCUGGCAGCCAGGGGGGGAGAGGGGGUUGCAUCUCAAAGCAUUUGGCAGCAGAAAAUUGACCUCCCAUAUUUUACAUCCAUGCGUUUGCUGACGGAGCAAAUUAUUUUCCUUUAUUAACAUAGGCUUGGAUCCCAAGUUGCUUGUUUGUCAGCCCAGUAGCAGCCCCUCUGGUUGAAUGGCUUUUCCACCUGGAGAUUUUUGCUGGUUCCUCUCACACUUCCUUUGGGUGCACUGAGCCAGAGAAAUACAAUUUUAGCAUGGGGGAGCACAGGAGGCUUCGCUGGAGGGGGAGACGGAGAAGUUGCCUUACUGUAGUGAAACCACACUCACGCGGCUUAGGAUUCAAGCCAUAAUGCCUACUCCUACACCGGCAUGCAAGACACAGGUUUCAUUCAGGAGGCUGAAAGUGGUCUUUGAGCCUUCCUCAUAGGGUGAGCGUCCUUCAUAAAGAAUAGAGUUUGGUGACAAAAAACUAGCUGAGAAUCGCUGUACACUGACCUGUACAACAGCCUGAAAGAGCAGGUUAUGAGAUUAGUCAGCUAAUAGAGAACAUUGGCUGUAUUUCAGUAAAAAUUAUGUUGUUAAAAAGUUGAUAGAAUAUUAAAUGUUUUUGUUGCAAUAUCUUAAUAAAACUUUAGUAUACGUCUGUGUUAACAGCAACUCCAGUUCUUGAUAUUUAAGUAUUAUAUUUAUCGUUUCCCCGCCCCUCUUCUUCCCCUUGCUGGCUUCAUUAAUGUUUCCCUGAAAUGUAAACUUUGUUUUGGCUUGUGUUUGUUUUUGGCCUCAGUUUCAGUCACCUAUUUUGUGUUCAUAUUUCAUUUGCAUUGUAUGUUUAUGUAUCUUCAGCACAUACACUUUUGUAUUAUAAUAAAUAUAUUUUAAGCCGA